AUGACGGACUCAAAGCGACAAAAUGCUAAUGAGAGCGCAAAACACACAGCCCUUACCGACGCAAUCCUUGACUACAGCAAUUUAUACCUUGGAGAUGACAUGUUCACAAAAAUCGUCGAGAAGGCGCGGGGUGCUAGCACCCCCACACGAUUAGAUCUGCGAGGCAAUCGCUUUGAAGCUGGAGCCGCUCGUGCUCUUGCUGCACUGCUACGCACUUCGCACAAUGUAGUAUCCAUCAGUUUGGAAUGGAACAAUGUAGGUCUAUUGGACCAAGGGGUGGAAGCACUUGCUGGUGCAUUAGAAAUGGAUAAGAGGUUGCUGACACUUGAUUUACGCAACAAUAAUAUUACACCCGAGGGUGCCAAAGCGCUUGCGAAAGCUCUUCGAGUCAAUCAGACCUUGCGUCAGUUGGACUUGCGUUGGAAUGAUAUUGGGAAUAUAGGAGUUUUGGCAUUCACUGAGGCCUUGCAGUUUAAUCACUCGCUUUUGACGCUAAAACUUACCGGAAACAAUUGCAGUUUGAAGCACGUGGAGAAGUUAGAGUUGUUGUUAAAUAGAAAUCGUGGGCUCACCGAGACACCAUUGCCUCUGACAAAAGAUGCUUCUUGCCAGAAUGAUUGCGAGAUUCUCGAUAGCGAAAGCCGUACAGAUGACCAGCUUUUACUGCAACUAUUAGCUGAAAAAGAAAAGCUGGAAAUAGCGGUAAACUUAUGCAAACAAGAGGAACAAAAAGCGCUGGAGGGCAAAGAAGAGCUUAUCUUACAGCUUCAACGAGUUCGCAAAGAUGCUGACAUGGCAAAAGAUGAGCGAGAUCGAUAUCAGCAACGUGAAGUUGACGCCAAACGCGAUAUUCACGAGCUAAAGAUGCAAUUAGAUGAGCUUGAGAACCGUAGAAAAUUAGAGUUUGAAGAAUAUCGCUCUGCACGAAAAGCACUCGAGCGCGAAAAUGGAGUUUAUCGAGAGAAAGCAAGACAGAUGGAGACUCUGCAUGGCCAGGAACGAGAAAAGAAAGACAAGCAUAUUGCACAACUUGAAGAGGCCAAGUAUACACUCGAAAACGAAAAGCACAGAACGUCUCUUACGAUAAGGCAGCAGCAAGACGAGAUUAUUAAGUUGGAGAAUCAACUUCAGGAUGCUGAACAUUUCUAUGCUCGCAAAGAGGAGAGACUGGUGUCAGAACACGACAGCAAGUUAAUUGCGGCCCAGCGACAGCAUGACCUAGUAAUAGGUUCGAUACAGAUUCAACUCAGCUGCAUUUCAUCACAGUUUAAAGCGAGUGAAAACACUGUUCGAGAGCUUCAGGAGAGAUGCGAAAGUCUACAGGCCAAGUUGCUACAGUCACAGAUCGAGCACGAGCAGAUCAUUGGUAAGCUAAAGCAGGAUAUGGAAAUGGAGGUGCAAGAGCGUGUCCAGCGUAUGGUUGGAUCGGUUGAAGCUCAAGUUGUCGAUGUUAAGAGGGCCCGGCAACACCUUGAGCAAGAAGUGACACAAAAUGUUGAGACUAUCAGACAACUCCGUCAAGACAAUGUGUUACUGCAGCAGGCAAAAAAUGAAAAGCAGCGAGAGUUGGAUGAUACAAUUCUAGCACAGGCCACGGCGCUAUCGGAGAAGGGAACGCUGUUGGCUACAGCGGUAAGCGAACGAGCUCGCCUUGAAGAGAAGCUGCAAUUGCAGCAGCGCAAGAUGGAGGACCAGGAUGCCCGACUCGUGCAGAUGCAGGCAUGCUUUAACGAACGGGUUCAGGAAUUAACGAUGAGCGCAAAAGUUGUGAUGGAGAAAAACGCUAUUAAUGUGAAUGAGAAGACAGACAUGAUUGCUCUCCUCGAGAGUAAAGUGCUUCAACUCGAGCGUGAUCUAACUACCCAGAAUUACGAGCACGAGAAGCGCAUCGACGACUUGGCGGAAUCCUUCGGCCGUUUCGUGCAGGAGCAGAUCGGAAAGGAGCGGGAACGCCGCAAAAAAAUAUCAGUAGCGACUAUUUUUGACGGCUAG